UGCUCCGUCUUGCUGCCAUGUUGGAUGUACGCAUCGCCGCUGCAGCUGCAGGACUUUCAGAGUGACAGUUAAGCAUUUCUCCUCCUGCAGACUGUGACCGGGCCAUUGCUUUCUUAAAUUAACACCCUGAGGAGGAGUUGGGGUUCUUGCUCGAGCAGGACAGAGCCGAGGGAAACGCUCCGCAUCCUCCUCCGCCCUGCAGCCCGGAGUCGGACCCAGCGGAGAUGAUCCGGUUGCAGGCCACAGCAACCGGAGCCCGCAUGGAUCUUCUCUAAUCAGUAGUUUGCUGAACCCGUCCGGGGAGAACCGCAUCGUUUCGGGGGUUUGCCACAAGUAUACCGAGCCAUGAACAGCCACCCGCCGCCACGCAGGGUCGCAAACAUCGGCUCCAUCCUCCUGACCCCGCAGGAGAACGAGUGCCUGUUCGGCUACCUGGGCAGGAAAUGCGCCACUCUGUGUUCGGCGGUGGUCCAGGUGUACGUGGCAGAGCGCAAUGCCAGCUGGGGGAAGAGAUGCUGUGGAGUGGCCUGUCUCAUCAAAGACAACCCACAGAGAUCCUACUUCAUCAGAGUGUUUGACAUCAAAGAAGGGAAGACCAUGUUCGAACAAGAAUUGUACCACAGCUUCUCCAUCAGCAGCUCCAGAUCCUACUUCAUCUCGUUUGCAGGAGACACCUGUCAGAUUGGUCUGAAUUUCGCAAGCGAAGAAGAAGCCAAAAGAUUCAGAGUCGCCAUCAAUGACCUGCUCAACCGACGGCAACGCAAAACUGAGAAAAGAGGUGACCCUAAAAAUGGUCCAGCUCUGCCCAUGGCCACGGUGGACAUCAAGAACCCAGAGAUCAACAAUGUGAGAUUCCUCAACUCUCACAGCCAACAGCAGCCGUACCACCUCAACAACAUACUGAGCCACAGCGGCCUUACCCGCAAGGACAAGAAGACCAAAAGCAAGAAGAAGAAACUGACCAAGGCUGACAUCGGCACACCCAGCAACUUCCAGCACAUCGGUCACGUGGGCUGGGAUCCGAACACAGGUUUUGAUCUGAACAACCUGGACCCUGAACUGAAAAACCUGUUUGACAUGUGCGGCAUCUCUGAGGCUCAGCUAAAGGAUCGUGAGACGUCCAAGGUCAUCUACGACUUCAUUGAGAAGAAGGGAGGGGUGGAGGCCGUCAAGAACGAGCUGAGGAGGCAAGCACCCCCUCCACCCCCCUCUCGUGGCGGACCCCCUCCUCCUCCUCCACCACCCCAUAACUCGACUCCACCCCCUCCUCCACCAUCCAGAGGGGGUCGGGGAGCCCCUCCACCUCCUCCUCCAUCCAGAGCACCCGCCUCAGCUCCUCCUCCUCCUCCUCCCUCAAGACCUGGAACUCUGGGUGCACCGCCUCCCCCACCUCCUCCCACCAGAGGAGGUCACCAGCCCCCUCCUCCUCCACACCAUCACCACCACCACCAGCCUCCACCCCCUCCUCCUCCAUCCUUGCACUCUUCCAUCGCCCCCCAAGCCCCACCCCCUCCGCCUCCCCAACUUGCCCAGCCGUCUCCGGUCGGCUCUGUUGGCUCUGUCGCUGCUCCGCCUCCGCCACCUCCUCCUCCUCCGCCACCCGGCCCUCCUCCUCCUCCAGAGCUGGAUGGAGUUGGUGGAGGUAGAGACUCGCCCCAUUCGCCGAGCCCAGGAGGGAAGUCAGCGCUGCUGGACCAGAUCAGAGGAGGAACCCAGCUGAAGAAGGUGGAUCCGAACCCCAAAGUGCCGGCAACUAAACCAGGAAGAGACGCCCUGCUGGACCAAAUCCGACAGGGAAUCCAGCUCAAGACAGUUCCGGAUCUUCCCGAGUCCAGCCCUCCAUCGUCGGCUCCCACUGCCGGCAUCGUUGGCGCGCUCAUGGAGGUGAUGCAGAAGAGGAGCAAAGCCAUCCAUUCCUCAGACGAAGACGAGGAUGACGAUGAAGAUGAGGACUUUGAGGACGACGAGGAGUGGGAUGACUAGUGAUGAAUAUCCAGUCCUGCAAACCCCUAAACCUAUCGCUGACACUAAAAUAUCCUGUAGAAAUCUUCCAGAAUCUGACUAAAAUUGUAAUGUAAAUGUUG